AUGGAAAUUCGUUCACUCACCGGAGAAUCUACAAAGGUAACGAUAUCAUCAAAGAAAGUUAUUAACGACCUCAAACUCCUCUUGAUUCUCACUUUCCCUCCUGCCUCUUCCUCUCCCAAUUUCCAUCUCUUCUUCAAGGGAGUUAAAUUGAGUUUGAAGAGGCAAAUCGACACGCUUUCUAUUGAGAAUGGUGAAUUUUUAGUUCUAGUUCCAUUCAACAAGAAAGAUCCACCUAAAACCCCAAAACCUGGUUUUUUAAAUUACGAAAACGCCCCCUCAAAACCCCCGAUUUCAAGUUUCGCCGAUUCAGCAUUUUCUGAGAUGAUGCAAGACUUAUCAUCUUUAUCGGAAGAACCAAGCAUUACUGAUGCACAGCCUGGUUUUGAGCCCAAUGAUAUGUUUUCUGGAUACAAGCGAAAGAGGGAUUUUAAAGAGAGUAGUAGUAAUAAAGAGGAGGGAGGUCCGUUUAGUUUCUUAUGGAAUUUGAUGCAGUCUCCUAACAUUGAUAUUAUUGAGGAGAAAGAAAAUUGUGAACAUUUUGUUGAGAGGCGGGAAAUUACCUCCAACUGUUUGAAGGAAGCCCUAAAAAAGCUUGAGAAAUCUGGAUUGAAAGCUGGUUUUGAGGAUAUAGAGCUUCUUUCUGUUUUGUGUCCUAAGGUAGUGUCUUUUGCUAAUAAUGAUACAAAGCUUGCAAAUGCUGCUGAUGUCAUUAUUAUCAUCAAUUCUGAAGCAAAAGAAAAGGAUGAAAUAGAUAAACGUUCUAGAAAAGGUCAAAAAUCCCUGUCUUUAUCGACCAUAUUCAAUGCAAUGAAAAAACUGGAAAGUUCCUUUAAAACUAAUUUGUGGGAAGCUGCAAAAUUUUUAUUGUGCAAAAGUGGAAAUAGAGUUGCAAUGCCCUUUUCCAUGGCAGAUCUACUCAACUUUGUGAAGAAAGAUGACAUUUCUGAAACAAAUCAAUUGCUGCCAGUGGAAAUGGUUGAACAUCUCAGAAAAGGCAUUGGAUCGAAAGGACAGGUGACUGCUACACUUGCUUUAAAUAUAGUGCAUGUUGAAGAUAUUGAUGCUAGAAAACCUAUUUCCAUACAAAUACCAAAUGUACUCUCAGAUAACACAAUGUCUGCACUUAAAUGCCUGGGAAUCACUAAAUUAUACAGUCACCAGGCAGAGUCCAUCCUGGCCUCUCUUUCUGGGAAGAAUGUGGUGGUGGCUACAAUGACAUCUAGUGGCAAAUCUCUUUGCUAUAAUGUACCCGUUCUGGAAGCUUUGUCCCAGAAUUUGUCUUCAUGUGCUUUAUACUUGUUUCCAACUAAGGCCUUGGCUCAAGAUCAACUAAGAGCUUUAUUAGAGAUGACAAAAGGAUUUGAUACUAGCAUAAACAUUGGGAUAUAUGAUGGUGACACUGCUCCAAAGGACAGGCUGUUGCUUCGUGCAAAUGCUAGAGUGUUGAUCACAAAUCCUGAUAUGUUACACUUGUCAAUUUUGCCAUAUCAUAGACAAUUCAGUCGAAUUUUAUCAAAUCUCAGGUUUGUGGUGAUUGAUGAAGCUCAUUAUUACAAAGGAGCAUUUGGAUGCCACACUGCUCUUAUAUUGAGAAGACUUUGUCGUCUUUGUUCUCAUGUAUAUGGCAGUGAUCCUUCGUUUGUGUUUUCUACAGCAACUUCUGCCAACCCUCGCGAGCACUGCAUGGAACUUGCAAAUCUUUCAACGCUGGAGCUGAUUAAAAAUGAUGGAAGUCCUUCUUCUCAGAAGCUUUUUGUUCUUUGGAAUCCUACUUCAUGUUCUAGAAUUAUGCCAAAUGAAUCCGAGGGUCCCAUGGAUGCUAGUGAAAGUGCAGAUAAAAGCAUGAGCCCAAUUUCAGAAGUUUCAUACCUCUUUGCAGAAAUGGUUCAGCAUGGACUUCGUUGCAUUGCCUUCUGCAGAUCCCGUAAACUCACUGAGAUUGUUUUAUCCUAUACGCUUGAGAUUCUUCAGAAGACAGCACCCCACCUUGUGGACUCAAUUUGUGCUUAUCGUGCUGGCUAUGUUGUUGAGCAGGAUCGGAGGCAAAUAGAGAGAGAUUUUUUCAGUGGGAAACUCUGUGGCAUUGCUGCAACAAAUGCUCUUGAGUUGGGUAUUGAUGUUGGCCAUAUUGAUGCCACCCUGCAUUUAGGCUUUCCUGGUAGUAUUGCUAGUUUGUGGCAGCAAGCUGGCAGGUCUGGAAGGAGAGAAAGGCUAUCCCUUGCUGUGUAUGUUGCAUUUCAGGGACCUUUGGAUCAAUAUUUUAUGAAAUUUCCUAAGAAACUCUUCCAUGGGCCAAUUGAGUGCUGCCAUAUUGAUGCUCAAAACCAGCAGGUGCUGAAGCAACAUCUGGUCUGUGCUGCUCUUGAACACCCAUUGAGUUUGCUUCAUGAUGAGAAAUAUUUUGGUUCUACUUUAAGCAACUUGCUGGUGUCCCUUAAGAAUAAAGGAGACCUGAGCUUUGAUCCUUCACGUGAUUCUUCUGCUAGAAUAUGGAGCUACAUUGGACGUGAGAAAAUGCCUUCACGUGGAAUUAGUAUUCGAGCAAUAGAGUCCAUCAGAUACAGAGUGAUAGACAUGCAGCGGAAUGUAGUCCUUGAAGAGAUCGAGGAAAGCAAGGCUUUCUUUCAGGUAUAUGAAGGUGCGGUCUAUAUGCACCAAGGGAAGACCUAUAUGGUCAAGGAAUUGGAUAUAUCAGAAAAGAUUGCUUUGUGCUAUGAAGCCAAAGUGCAAUAUUACACAAAAACUCGUGAUUAUACAGAUAUUGAAGUCCUUGGAGGUGAUAUUGCCUAUCCACCAAGGGCCUUCAAGAACCAGACUUCAAGAACAACAGCUCAAGCACUUUCUUGUAAAGUAACAACUACUUGGUUUGGCUUCUAUUGCAUGCAAAGAGGAAGCAACAAAGUCUUAGAUACUUUUGAUCUUUCACUACCCAGAUAUUCAUAUGACUCUCAGGCGGUGUGGAUUCGAGUUCCUCAGCAAAUUAAAAAAUUAGUCGAGGAGAAAAAUUUUUCCUUUCGUGGGGGUUUGCAUGCUGCUUCACAUGCCCUUCUCAAUGUAGUGCCUUUAUAUGUAAGAUGCAACUUGUCUGACUUGGCUCCAGAGUGUCCUAACCCUCAUGAUAGCCGUUAUUUUCCUGAAAGAAUACUUGUAUAUGAUCAGCAUCCUGGAGGGACCGGUGUCUCAAUACAGAUUCAACCCUAUUUCUCAGAGCUGCUGAAUGCUGCUUUGGAACUUCUCACAUCUUGCCACUGUUCAGGAGACACUGGUUGCCCGAAUUGUGUUCAAAGUCUGGUUUGUCACGAGUACAACGAGGUUAUACACAAGGAUGCUGCAAUUAUGAUUAUUGAGGGUGUUUUGGAUGCUGAAAAAUCGUACUUUGGAGAACUUCACAACUCCUCCCAAAACCAUAGCGAGUCCUGA